CGGUGUGGAGAGCGGGGUGAGGGGUGUGCCUCUGGUAUCCAAUCCUUACCCGGCUCUGCCAGGAUCCUGAGAUCCCUACCCAUCCCCAGAUCCCAUCUCCAACUGCAAAUCACUACAGAUUCAAACCCAGGACCGGACCGGGUUUGCCUGCCGCUCUGUCGCCUCCCGGGACAGAUCAAGGGUAUAGGCGAGGGUUUUGCGCGACCUUGUGGCCUCUUCCUUCCCACCUCCCGGCUCCUUCGCCGCUCCACAUGGCACAGAAACCCAAGGUAGACCCCCACGUCGGCCGGUUAGGGUACCUGCAGGCGCUGGUCAAUGAGUUCCAGGAGACCGAGAGCCAAGAUGCCAAGGAACAAGUCCUUGCCAACCUCGCUAACUUCGCCUAUGACCCGGGCAACUACGAGUAUCUACGGCAGCUGCAAGUCCUAGACCUAUUCCUCGAUUCGCUGUCAGAAGAGAACGAAACGCUAGUGAAAUUUGCUAUUGGGGGCCUUUGCAACCUGUCCCCGGACAAGGCCAACAAGGAGCACAUUCUGCAGGCCGGAGGCAUCCCGCUCAUCACCAACUGCCUGUCCAGUCCCAACGAGGAGACGGUGUUAUCUGCAGUCACCACACUCAUGUACCUAAGCUCACCCGGCACGGGCUCCCAUCCCGAGCUCACCUCCUUGCCCGUGGUCCAGUGCAUGCUGCGCUUUUCUCUCUCAGCCAACAUACGGCUCCGGAACCUGGCCCAGAUCUUCCUGGAGGACUUCUGCUCCCCAAGCCAGGUGGCUGAGGCACGGAGCCAGCAGGCCCAUUCAGCCCUGGGUAUCCCACUGCCAAAGACCGAGGCCCCACAGCAGCCCUGAUCCAAGAAGACCCCAGGGCUCUGCCACUUUCUGCCUGAGACCAGUCCUGGCAUAGGAAGCAGAGACCAAUAGCCGUCCAUCCUGCCCACGGGAUGCCUGUUUGGCUGUAUGAAAGGUAGGAUCUCUGAGCAUGACGGGUGUUUACGCUAGGAAAACCAGUAGGGAGGAAUGAAGGAGCCAGAACUGAGAUGCUUAGGGGAGAGAAACAGCUGGUGUGACUCUCAUGGGCUGGUGCUCCCAACAGUGCCGACAGAAGACCAGCUCAGUGCCCCAGGCCCAGCCAACACGCUGCUAUAAAAGCUUUGCACAGUGGUGCUCAAGAACAGCUGCUAGAACCAGGACUCGGGAGAGUGGCCAGUAGCACAAGUGCCCAGAGGAACUCCUUAUCUGCUGGGAAGGUGCUGUGGGGUAACCCCUCCAGUACUGAGGCUGGGCAUUUGGGCACAGCAGACACUGACUUGGGUAGCUCUGCCGCCCAGAAACAACUGUCCACACAGCCCUGCCUUUUUGUUAAGCACCAAGUGAGGAACACAGAUGAGGUCUCUGCCAUUGGGUGUCACACCUCAGUGACUGUUAACCAGGUGGCCAUCGGGGAUUAGGAGCAAGGCCCUCCAGGAGUUAAGAGCAGAAUGAAGACAGGACAGCGAAGUGUCCCUUCAGAGAGGCCCUGCCUAGGGUCCUGGGACACAGAUGGAAAGACAGUGACUUCAGUUCCUCUUGUGACCAGGCUGUGGACCCCUCGUGUAACAAAUGCCAACUGUGGCAUCCCUGUCCCUUCAAAAAAGCUGCUCUGGCCAGGCGGUGGUGGUGCAUGCCUGUAAUCCCAGCACUUGGGAGGCAGAGGCAGGCGAAUCUCUGGUUCGAGACCAGCCUGGUCUACAAGAGCUAGUUCUAGGACAGGCUCCAAAACCACAGAGAAACCCUGUCUCGAAAAACAAAACAAAAAAAAAACAAAAAAGCUGCUCUGCCCCCUCUGCCUGUGACCGGAUCUUCUGACGCUGGGGUGGGAGCCCUGCAUACGAACCCUUCAUGGCAGGGACGAGAGCCUACCCAGGUCCGCUACCCAGGUCUGCUACCUGCCGUUGUCCCAGAAGCCACCAACCUCCAGGACCCAGAGAGCACAGCAGCUCAAACCUGUAAUCCUAUCACUUGAGAAACUGAGGCAGGAGGAUAGUCAUGAGUUUGAGACCAGCCCCCGCAAUUUGGGGGACUUGGACAACUUGGGCUAUGGAGUAAGAUCCUAUCCCAAAAGAAAAAAACAGGGUCCCAAUAAUGUCUGAAGGACACCAAGAUUCUGCCUCCCUCCUGUGCCAGCGAAAAGAAAAAAAAAUGAAACUAAAGGGGAAAGAAGCAAAAAGAGGGUAGAUCUGAUGAGAGGUUGGGGUUCAGGUGAAAUGGGGGAGCUUCUGAUCUCUAGCACUGUCCCCCUUAGGUGGGGAACGAAAAGCUGUGUUCCAGGAAGGCCAUCUGCAAGGGUGUGGGAAUGAGGCUGUGGGUGCGGCCCCUGCAGGAGAGGAGAAAGAAGACUAUCAGAGUUGCAGUUCUCUGCCCCACCCCAGCCCGGCACAGACCCUGGCCUUUCCUGAGAGAAGGUCUUCGAAGAACAGAUGCCUUGCUUUGGGUUUUUAUUUUUAUUAAAAUCCUCCUAACUGAU